AUGCGCCACCUUUACAUCUCCCUGGCAUGUGGCGCAUGGAUGGUUUCUUGCGCGGACGAACCCAAUGCGUGUGAAAAGCGCUACUUGGAGAACAAUGGCUUCGGCGGCACCGGAUGCCGAGUUACACUGCAGUCCGGCGAAUACUACAGCCUCCCGUUCACUCAGAUUGAAGAGAUUUUUGCAGCAGCCGUGCGUGCCUUGGAAGAUUGUCGAGCGAUAGGCGGGGUGCUAUGGUCUGUCGAAUUCCCGACGAACACAUCGGGCACCAACUCACGGGCAAGAUGGGAGAAAACAACGUUUUUACGUCCGAUGGGCAUUGGUUUCUGUGCCCCGGGCAUCUGCAGCAGGCGGCAACUGCCACCGCUCGUAGAGGACUAUGUUUCAAACUACAUGGGCUUCCCAGCCGAGAUCCCUCCUCACCGUAUGCGUUUUAUAGAGCUCAGCUGUUGGAAAGACUUCAACAUCAAGUUUGCAGUUAUUGGCCUCGACCAUUGUGGGACGACCUCUGCGCGGAUGAACUUGGGGUUGCAUCCAGACGUGGAAUUCUCCAAGUCCCAGGUCUCUUCGCUCUUUGAAGACACGUUCUUCACCUGGGGCUUUUCAUGGCACCUACUUCCACCAAGGCAUCUUCAGAAGGGUUGGCUGAAGUUCAACGAUGCGCGAAGGCAAAGUUCAUCUUCAGUGCUUGGAAUACAUAAUGCUAUCCUGUGGAGGCAUUCUGUCGCCCGCCUGGCCCUGCGCCAAAUGAAUGCUCGACCUCUGCUGAUUGUCUGUUCGCCAGCUCGCCGAAUCGCAUCCAUUGCGAUGCUUGGACACAUGGGGGCCUCUCGAAAUCCAGAGACCGUAACUGUCGCCGACCUGAUCCGAGAUGCCGAUGCCGACAUCGCUUCGAUGUCAAUACCCCAUCUGAAGGAGUGGAGGCGCCUCUUCGGCGAGCUUUUGCUCGUCAUCCAUCAAGAAGCACUGAUGGAAAUAGACACCUACAACAUGGUGCUUGCUCUUCUUGGUUUGGAUCCGAUGCCCGCAGGCACAUCACUGGGCCGGUUCCACGUCAGCAGCCACCACUGGAAGAGCCGCCUGUGCCAGAGCGAAGACCAAGCACUGCUCCAUCAGCUGAAUCGCACGCUCCGGCCCUGGCUGAUUGCCAGCCAGCAGCUCUUGCAGCAAUCAAGCCAAAGUAUCCCAUCUUCACUUUGGCAGCUGCAGGGGCAUUGUAAAGACGGCCCAGAUUCUCAAUUGAAAGUUUCGAGUGGACUUCGCCGACUGGGAGUACUCUCCUGA